AUCUUAAAGGUGGGCGUGUCUGGGGAGUGGUAUGAACAAGGUCUACUCAGCACACAACCACUAAGACUCGACUACAGACUGAUCAGGAAGAAUGGCUCUGUCUGGACACUGUCAAAAGCUGCUAGGGCCACUACGAAGGCACGGCCAGAGACUGAUACACAGGAGCAUCAGUAGCAGCUGUGCUCUGAGGGGAGCUGAGUUUAACUGGAGAGACCCACUCAACCUGGAGUCACGUCUGACUGACGAUGAGGUUAUCAUGAAAGACCAAGUGCGGCAGUAUUGUCAGGACAAGCUCAUGCCGAGAAUUCUCAUGGCCAACAGAAACGAACAUUUUGAUCGAGACAUCAUGACUGAAAUGGGUCAGCUUGGGAUACUGGGUCCCACCAUCAAGGAUUACGGGUGUGCGGGGGCGUCCCCUGUAGCGUAUGGUCUCAUUGCUAGGGAAGUGGAGAGAGUGGACAGCAGUUAUCGAUCUGCCAUGAGCGUGCAGUCAUCGCUAGUGAUGCAUCCCAUAAAUGAGUUUGGAACUAAACAACAGAAGGACAAGUUCCUGCCCAAGUUAGCAUCGGGAGAGCUGAUUGGCUGCUUUGGCCUGACUGAGCCUAACCACGGCAGUGACCCUGGUGGCAUGGAAACCAGAGCCCGACACAACUCCACCUCACACACCUACACACUCAAUGGCACAAAAUCUUGGAUCACCAACUCUCCAGUGGCUGAUGUAUUUGUGGUGUGGGCAAAAUCAGAUGACGGGAAAAUAAGAGGCUUCAUUCUCGAGAAGGGGAUGAAGGGACUAUCGGCACCAAAGAUUGAGGGCAAGUUCUCCCUGAGGGCGUCCGUGACAGGGCAGAUUGUAAUGGAGGAUGUGGAAAUACCCGAGGACAACUUACUGCCAAAAGUGGAAGGAUUAAAGGGUCCCUUCAGUUGCCUCAACAGUGCUCGCUAUGGUAUUGGCUGGGGGGCUCUGGGGGCGGCAGAGUUCUGUUUAGACACUGCACGACAAUACACGCUAGACAGGAAGCAAUUCGGACGUCCACUGGCGGCCAAUCAGAUCAUUCAGAAGAAGCUAGCUGACAUUCUCACAGAAGUAUCUCUUGGUCUGCAAGGGUGUCUGCAAGUAGGGCGCUUGAUGGAGGAAGGGACGGCUGUGCCUCAGAUGGUCUCUCUCAUCAAGAGGAACUCGUGUGGCAAAGCUCUGGAGGCAGCCAGACUAGCUAGAGACAUGCUCGGAGGUAAUGGAAUCAGUGAUGAAUAUCAUGUGAUCAGGCAUGUGAUGAACCUCGAGGCUGUCAAUACGUAUGAAGGUACUCAUGAUAUCCAUGCUCUCAUACUGGGGCGAGCCAUCACUGGACUACAAGCAUUCUCGUGAACACACUGAACUUUGUUUUGAUGAACGCUUUUACGUUUUCUUGUGUACGUGUAGCCAUAGCUAUCAAUCUUUUUCUAUUAUUAAGUUAUAAAGAUUGUAGCACUGCAUUAUAAUUAUAAUUUCAA